AUCCAAAUAAGAACGAUUUGUUGAUUGUGUGUAUCGAGUUGAAUCAAUACCCAUUAAUAAUCAAACCCAGUACCAUAUAACACUUAUACUGCUGUCAUUGCUGUUGUAGUGCUAUACCACUCUGAAUUUAUAUUCGAAAGGAAGAACAGAUAAACCCUGUAUUCCAUUAUUGACUGUAUUAUUAUACUAUUCACCCACUCUGUACUAUACAAUAAUUUACAAUGCAAUCAACUACUACUAUUGCAACAAGUCAAUCAUCAUUGAUUGAAACUCAAGAAGAUAAGAUUCUUGAUUCCCCAUCACUUCUCCAUCAAUAUUCUGAAAGUGAUUCUGGUUGUGAAAGCGACAAGGCUGAUGGAAAGUCAAAACACGGAAAGAAGAGAAAAGGUUACCCAAAGGAAAUUACCAAAGUAUUGAAUGAUUGGUUCUUUGCUAAUCUUCAAAAUCCAUAUCCAAGUGAGGAUGAAAAGAAGGGAUUAGUCGAUCAAACAACUUUGUCCCUUCUCCAAAUUAACAAUUGGUUCUCCAAUAAGAGAGUUCGUUACAAGAGAAAGAUGCAAAAGGAAGGACAAGAAGUUGUUGAAGGUGGUGUUGAUAUUAAUCAAGCUUUCCGUUCUAUCAAGAAGCAAAAGGAUAAGAAGGAACCAUCUGCCUCAACAAGCACUUCUGCUACUGCCAACACUCAAUCUCAAACACCAAAGAGAAAGAGAUCUUCUGCCACCAAAGAUAUGCAAUACACCAAGAAGAAGAGACCAACUCCAUUGAAGACUGAAUCAACAACAAGUGUUACUGCCAAAGUUGUUGAAUCAUCUUCCUCUCCACUUAUUAAGACUCCAACUAUUGUUAAUUUCACACAAACAAACAGUCCAACAACUGUUAUUUCAACUUCCACAGCUGCUGUUCAAGAACCAAAGAAUGUCUUGUCAUCAUUACUUGAAUCACCAUCAAAUAUGAAUAUGAAUGGUAAUUCAGUUGUAUUAUUACGUUCUCCAAUCAUUAACAAUGAAGAGACAAAGAAGACUCCAGAUGAAAAGUCAACAGAAUCACCUCAACCAAAGCAAAUUGACUUUUUCCAAUCACUUCAACAAGCUGGUGUUCUUUUCCCUCAAAACACAAUGACUGCUCCAGUCAUUCCAGUUAUUCAAACCAUGCCAACCUAUCAUCCAUAUGUUGUUCAUAAUGCUGCUCCAUUUGUUGAUGCAAUCUCUGUUCCUUAUGCUUAUCCAAUUUAUACACCAACCUAUUAUCCAAAUCAAGUUAUUUUCAUGAACAAACAAAUUGAUGAAAAUAAUUUCUUUGAAAUGGAUGCUGGUUUCACAACUGAAGGUGGUGAAUUGGAUGUACAAUUUGAAGAUGCUCAAGCUUCAGAGUUAUUCCACACUGAUUUAUUCUCAACAGAACAAGAAGAAUGUUUUGAUGAAAAUCAAUGGACCUCAACUAAUGAAGAUUUGCUCUUUUAAAUUUGGAAAUUUUUAUGGACAUCUUCUGGCCAGUUAAGAGUGACCAUUAGAUUUUUAGCUUGAUUGCGAUUUUGUUUCGAAUAAAAAACAUUUU